AUGCGUUCGCGUAAUAUUGUUCCUCAAGUGGCAGCCAUGUCGGAUCGAGCAGAUAAAAUGAAAAUGGUGUCUAAAUUAGCAAUAUCACCAGUUGAUAGAUCAGCAUCAAAAAUUCAAGCAGCAUUUCGUAAACAUCAAGCUCGACUUAAACUAAAAAAACAAGCUGCAUGGCAAAUACAUGAAAAACUUGAAUAUUCUAGUGAACAAACUGAAUCUAAACUCAAAGAUAUGUUUGAAAAGUUACUUAAAGCAUCUGAUUUACUUUCACCAUCUGUGACGAAAUUACUUCAGAAAGCUGGAUUACCUGUCGAAGAAAAAGAACUUUUAAGAUUAACAAAUCCAGAUAAUAUUCGAGUUGAACCAACUUAUCAAGGACCACGCAUAGAAGGACCAAUUACACGAAAAAUAUUUGUUAAUUUAAUUGAAGCUUUUCAACGUGGUCAAAUUUUACAUGAAAAAUAUGUCUGUGAAAUUCUUCAUCAAGCACGUGCUAUUCUUAAAACUUUACCAAAUUUUAAUCAUGUUGAUUUAUCACAUUUACGACAUGUAUUUAUUGUUGGUGAUCUACAUGGACAGUUAGCUGAUUUAUUACAUAUAUUUAAUUCGAAUGGACUUCCUUCAAUUGACAAUGCAUAUGUAUUCAAUGGAGAUUUUGUUGAUCGAGGUCGAAAUUCAGUUGAAGUUUUACUUUUACUUCUUGUUGCACUUAUACUUUAUCCAAGUUCAGUAUUUCUUAAUCGAGGUAAUCAUGAAGAUAUUAUGGUUACUGUUCGAUAUGGUUUUUAUAAUGAAGUUAAUCAAAAAUAUCGAACACGUAAAGCACCAUUAAUUGAUCUAUUUAAAGAUAUAUUUAGUUGGCUACCACUUUAUUCUUAUGUUGAUGCUGGAAGAUGUAAAAUAAUUAUAAUGCAUGGUGGAAUAUCAGAUAAAAUUAAUUUAAAACAAUUAAAUCAUUUAUCAAGGAAUAGAUAUAUUUCAAUAGAAGUAUCACCACAAUCUAAAACUGGUGGAAAAAGAUUAACAGAAGAAGAGGAUAAUGAAUAUCAUCAAAUACAAGAUUUAUUUUGGAGUGAUCCGGAUCCUCGUGGUCGUAAAGGUUGUCGGAAAAAUGAAGACCGAAAAAUGGCUUGUUUUUUUGGUUCGGAUAUAACUCAACAAUUUCUUAAAAAAUAUAAUUUAUCUAUGUUAAUACGUUCUCAUCAAGUGAAGCAAGAUGGUUAUGAAUUUGCACAUGAUGGUAAAGUUCUAACUGUCUUUAGUGCAUCAAAUUAUUGUGGUGGUUCUAAUUGGGGCGCUGUUGUACGAUGGGAUUUUAAUGAAGAAGAACCAUGGAUUAUUUCAUUUAAAACUCAAGCUGUUGAAAUGGAAAAAUUAAGUUUUAGUAAACAAGUCACCUUAUUCGAAGAUCCAGUUUAUCGUUCAUUAAUUGAGAAAAUUAUGACAAAUAAAACUUCACUACUUAAACGGUUUGAAAAAGCAGAUAAGAAUAAAACUGAUCAUUUGCCAUUAACUACUUGGGGUGAUAUUAUGUCUGAUGUUCUUCAAGUGGAUUUACCAUGGCUUAUAUUACGUUCAAAAUUAGUUCAAGAAGAUGAAAAAGGAAUUUUAUAUAAAACUAUGUUUAAUGAUUAUAUUUUAGAUAAUUCUAAAUUUCAAAUGUCAAAUGCAGGUAUUAUGGAAGAUUUAUAUAUGUGGAAAGAUAUGCUUUUAGCCUUAUUUAAUUUAAUUGAUUAUAAUCAUUCAGGUUUUAUAAGUCGUAAUGAAUUUGCUGAUAUUAUUAAACUUAUACUUUAUGGCGAGAAUGGUACUGGUGAUGUUAAUGAAGCAUAUGUUGAGGAAUUGACAUCUGCCAUGGAUUUUGAUAAAAAUGGAAAAAUUGAUUUCAAUGAAUUUCUAGAAAGUUUUCGAAUUGUGAAUGUAAAAAAAAAUCCAAGUUCAACGAAAAAAAGUAAUACUAAAAAUAAAACUUCUGGAUUAAAUGGAACAAUUACUGAAGAAAUACGUGUAUAA